ACAUCAUACGCGUUUUGUCAUCGUUCUUUUUGUGAUUUGUGAAUUUAGUAAAUUCAUAAAUUAUUACGUAUUUUGAAGUAAAAUAUUUAGUUACCGUAGUUGUAUAGUUAACAUUUAACAUUUUUAUACUAUGAAUUGUAAAAUUAUGUACACUGCAUGUGCACUCUUCACGUAAAUAUGCUUCAAAGUUGUAAAUAAAUAAGUGGAAUUGGUCAAUAUGUGGUCAUUCUUUUCGCGAGAUCCUACAAAGGAUUUUGCGUAUGAGGUAGGAGAGCCUGUGCGGGGCUUAGAAGACAGGAGUGUAUGGACUCUGCACAAAGGAAAAAAAAGGGGCACUCAAGAUGAGGUGUCGAUAUUCUUAUUCGACGUUCAGAAGAACUCGGAGACCCUGUUCGACAUUGCAAAGGCCUCCUUGAAGAAACUCAAGACCAUGAGACACCCUAGCCUUUUACAUUACUUAGAUAGCUGUGAAACUGAGAAAUUUUUGUAUGUAGCUACUGAAUAUGUAGAGCCUUUAGCCACACACAUAGAGGAUAUGAAACUGGAGGGCCAACAACGAGAGUUGUUCCUUGCGUGGGGCAUAUUCCAGAUUACUAGAGCAUUAUCAUUUUUAAACAAUGAUGGUAAUAUGAGGCAUAACAAUGUCUGUCUGUACUCUGUAUUUGUCACCCUGGCCGGAGAAUGGAAACUUGGUGGAUUUGAGUUCCUCGCAUCACAAGGGCAGGAUGGAUCCAACCCUAUACCCCUCAAAAUAUUACCAGCCCUUGAAAUCUAUGACCCUCCCGAGAAGAAAGAUCCUAGCAAACUGAAGUCCAUGACAAAAUGUUCAACAGACAUGUGGGGUCUGGGAUGUUUGAUCUGGGAAGCAUUCAACGGCCCUCUGAAGACCCAGCCAGCUCUUAAAACUGUGGAUCAUAUCCCCAAACAGCUUUGCACCUUGUACUGUGAACUAGUCAGUGCUAACCCAGCAUCUAGACCAAAUCCAGCUGAUAUUAUUACUAGAUGUCGAAAAAUAGGUGGAUAUUUCAAGAAUGAUUUGAUAGACACAAUGUUGUUCCUUGAAGAGAUCCAGAUUAAGGAUAAGGUGGAAAAGGGGAAGUUCUUCUCCACUCUCAGUUCAUACCUGGAUAACUUCCCAGAAUCUGUAUGUGUUCACAAGAUUCUACCCCAAUUAUUGACUGCCUUCCACUAUGGAGAUGCUGGCUCAUUUGUAUUAGGGCCCAUGUUUAAGCUGGGCAAGUUGCUAGAGGACGCGGAUUACCAGAAGCAGAUAGUGCCGUGCGUGGUGAAGCUAUUCGCUUCCAACGACCGCACCACCAGGUCGCGGCUGCUGCAGCAGCUCGAUCAGUUCAUCAUGCACUUGCAGAACUCUACAGUAAACGACCAGAUAUUCCCGCAAGUGGUGCACGGUUUUCUGGACACAAACCCGAUCAUUCGGGAGCAGACGGUGAAGUCCAUAGUGCACCUGGCGCCGAAACUGAACUACAACAACUUGAACGUGGAAGUACUGCGGCACUUCGCUCGGCUGCAGUCCAAAGAUGACCAGGGUGGGAUCAGAACGAAUACAACAGUAUGCCUCGGCAAGAUCGCGUCGCACCUGCACCCGCAGAUCAGACAGAAGGUGCUAGUGUCGGCCUUCGUGCGAGCGACGCGGGAUCCGUUCCCCCCGGCGCGACAGGCGGGGGUGUUAGCUCUGGCGGCCACACAGCAGUACUUCUUGCUGAGCGAAGUCGCCAACAGGGUGCUGCCUGCGCUGUGCCCUCUCACUGCUGAUCCCGAGAAACAGGUCCGCGAUGCUGCAUUCAGAACUAUUAAGGGCUUCCUCGGCAAACUGGAGAAAGUAUCGGAGGAUCCUAGUUUGAGAGAAGGAAUGGAGGCGGACGUGCACACGGCGACGCCGUCGCUGAGCAACGCGGCGGCCACGUGGGCGGGCUGGGCGGUGACGGCGGUCACGGCCAAGUUCUACCGCUCGCACUCCGACACGCAGCGCGUGCAGCACUCCGCCAAGUCCGCGCUCUCCAAGCCUGGAUCACUUGAGCAACCGUCGUCAAGCAGCAUGUCGACGACGACGUCAUCGGUGACGUCGAUGACGUCACUGGAGCACAGCGAGUCCGCGUCCGACUACGACCCGGACCACUGGGACAUGACAGCCUGGGGCGAGAUCGACUCCAGCGCAGGUACGGGGGCAAGCGCCAAGUCUCCGCCGAGCAGCGGCAGCGCGCAGGCGACGCCCGGGCUGGCGGCGCUGUGCGAGGACGAGUGGGACAACGACGAGUGGGGCACCUUGCAGGAACAACCGUCGGCUGAAGCGGAGCUAGCGAGUCCGUCAGAAACGUGGAACAACGCACAGUGGACGGACCCGGCGAUGAACCGGGCGAACGCGACGUACGUGCGCGGCAGCACAGUGGGCAGCGUAGGGGGCAACACAGUGGGCAAGGAGCACCGGCUGGCUGCGCCGCAGCACAGUAACGACUCGCUCGGCGGCUGGGAGGACGGCGAGUUCGAGCCCAUCGAGGAGAACGUGGACGAAAACAACGCGUCGAAAAUGGACGAGCUACGAAGGAAACGUGAGGAAAGGAAGUUGCAGCGACAACGGGAGAUGGAGGCGAGACGGUCGGCCCGCGGACAAGGACCAAUGAAACUCGGCACCAAGAUCACCGCGCCGCCCUUCUAGCCCGCGAACACGCCUUAAACAGUGAGUCAUACUCUUGUACCCCAAAAGGGUAUACUGUCCCAAGAAGGAAAUUCUUAAAGAUAUACGACUUCAGGAUUUGAUAAAGAAAUUAAAGUUAGUCAAAAUUUAAGAAUUUAAAUUGGCAACCCAGUUCUUAACUAGCUCUGUCAACCAUAAUGCAUUGUUCUGCCAACGUUGCCAGUUAGAUUUCUAAAUUUUACAUAAUAGCUUUAAAAACGAUGUGUGAUUACGUAAACCCAAGCUGGUUUUUUGAGAAUUGCGUCUAAAAUGUGUUCGAAUGGUAAACUAUAUUCCUUCGUCUUAAAAAAUAUUGUAAAAACAGUGAUGGCAAAUUAUUACCUAUUACAGGGGCAAAAAACUUAAAAUUGAAUUGUAAUGCUAUAAAAUUCUCCCGUCUCAUGUUUGUAUAACAUUUUCAUUAUCCAUCGUUCGUUUAAUAUACUCAAAUCACGCGCCAUACCCAGUGCACCUUUCUUUAUCAGAAAUCGAAAUCUAUUAUAAGUGUGACCCUUCCAAGCUUUGAGUGUGAAGAAAAAUAUAUUUAUUAAAACACAAAAAUAUUUCUAUGUGAGCCAGUAUAUCGAAAAUAUCGAGAUAUUUAAUUUUAAGUUCCUUUAUUGUUUCAUGUAAUAUACAAAAUAAAUGUGCAUUUAUAUGUAUAGUUUAAUAUUUAUUUAAUUACUAUAAUAUUACGAAACAUAUUCCAUUAAAUAUGCCAGACUUUUAUAACUACAGCAAAAAAUCAACAUCGCGACUUUGAGUUUCAGAUUGAAACGUAUUUUUGCUCAAAGUUUUCGAUUUCUUACGACUAGAUAUGCAAUAGUGAUAUAAUUUGUUAUUCCGUGAAUGAUAUAAAGAUGUGAUUGUCAAUUUCACUUUACAGUUUGAUCGCUACGUAUAUUCUUCUUUACAAAUCUAUUGCAUAUCAAUGUCGGACAGUACUUCUGUAAUGUACAUUAGGGAACAAGAUUGUAAAUUACAUGCACCAAAUAGAAAGCUCAAGUGAGACUAGAUGACGUUAAGGCGAAUUGGUUAUUUUUUUUGCAAGUCAUUGCGUAUUGAGAUGGAUUAGGAAAGUAGGUAUAAAGAGGGUUAGCGUUUAAAGAAGGAGCUUCGUACGUCACAUAUUUAGUACUAUGAGAAAAUUAAAUGGCGAUGAGACCUGAGUACGUACUUAACUCUUUUGAUCGACUUGCCAUCUUUAGAACGCGGAAUGCAUAAAAAUAAAUUAUCGUAAUGAUUGAUUGACACUUUCUAUCCAAUUAGCAAUCUUUGGUUUUAAGCACUGUCAUAGAAUAAAGUAUAAUACUUAUAGAACGGACACUCUCGAGUCUGAAUAAGAUGAGGGUUCCUAGUUCAUCUGCGUGUGUAUUAACUUAAAAAUCCUACUGCAAUACGUCACCGCCUGAGACUUAUUGAAGCAGGAUUUAGUUGCACGUGUACGAAAACGUCUAAGUGUAGUCUCUGUGUAGGAACGAGAGUUUUGUACGAAGUUUCCGGUCUGUGGCACUGUUAAACCGUGAUAUAUUUCUCUCAGUCAACUUUCUGUAAACACUUUUCUUCAGGUUAAAGAGCAAUUUUAAAUGUAAGUGUGUUCUAAAGAUGCUCCGCUAAUAGAGGUCUGUCGCUAACCCACACGACGAAGGUGAGAUUUUAAACAUACUAUUUUUAAUUCCAACGAUGUUUAUAUAGUGAGUUACGAGAUUUUUCCCCUACCUUGUAACUAACUACGUAUAUUCAGGUUCAUGUACAGAUAAAGCUUUUUCUGUAAAGUCAUGGGAUUGAGUGCAAUCGGGCUAUGAGGGUGUCAAUUUGUUGUGAGUGUUUGUAUGGUGACUGUUAAGAUGGCGCGGAAGCGAUGCUUGGAAUUACGUCAAGGGCUUUGUGGUCAAAAGUAGACCAAACUUAAUCAACUUCAGCUAUUUCUAUUUAGGUGUUUUUGGAUUCUAGCAAGAUUUGUCUAUUGUAGUUUGUUCAUGUCCUCACUAUCGUAUCGUAAGUUUGAAUAAAAAUGUAGGUAUGUAGGAAUUUCAUAAGUUCCCUUUACGCGUGUAGGUUCCAGCCUAGAAUCCAUGGUUUCAAACUUUUGCCAGUAAAAAUCUCUUUUUGUAUUUUGAAUUAGUGUACUGUAGUGCAUAACAAUUGCUUCGUAGUUUACAAUAAAACAUCUUCCGACGAACCGGGCACGUAAUUUCCAGCAUCGCCAACCGCUUCGAUUGUAAUCCAAUGUAGGAAGGAUACGAAAUGUUAUUGUGUAUUUUAUAUGUAUGUAAUAUUAUAAAUUAAACUACCAGACUGAUGCGGUCUAUGAAUUUUUACUAAUCGUCGCGUAUGUACAUUUUCCGUUAUACAAUUUUACAUAUUGAAUAUUGUACACCAAAGCGGAUAUUUAAAUAAAUCCUAACAAUUAAUACCCCCUUUUAGGGUUCCGAAAGUGAUAAUUAUAAAUUUUAAUGUAAGCUGUAAGAUUGCGUUCCUUUGUCAGAAAAUUCUCUUCAAAAUCUAACUUUUGUCUGAGGAACGCUAGAGAAUUUAGGUAAGUGCAUAGACAAGUGUCGAUUUCGGAAGACAAAUUAGUUUUAUAGCUUUAAAAAUAGUGCUGUCCUUCACUUUGUUUAGUGUAAGAAAUAUAUAGCGCUAAUUUUAGAACUAUCAAACUAAAAAAACAUGUCUUAUCGUCCAGAAUCGACAACGGAACCACUAUCCACGUUACUACAGAGCAUUUAGAGAUCUUAUUUAGUGGUAUUAAACAGCCAUUUUAUCAAUCUCUUAGUUACCAACAUAUUUUACUAGCUCUGUAAGAAACGGAAAUUGACCCUUAUACGCUUUAGAUUUACAUUAGGGGCAUAAGUAGAUAGAUUCGAUAUAAAGAAAUUAGUUUAAAAUUUGAAGAAUGACAAGUUUUGAUAUUAUUUUUCUGGCUACUAAAAUUAAAUAUGUUUAUUUUAUAUAUAGUAAGAGUGGUAUCUAAUGAAAAUCAUCUGUAUUACCGUAUUGCACUGAAGUUUGAACCAAAAUGAUUAUGCUUUGAGAUAUAAUCUGUUAAUGUCGAUUCACAUUGAAGACCCAGUACCAUUUGCGCCAAAGUUAUGCCCGUCAUAGCUUCCAGUACACUUGACUGUGCAAUGAAUAUGAAACAAAGUUCAAUAUCCUGAUGUGUGGAAUGUUGUUGUGUAAAUCACCAGCCGUCAGUGUGAAUCGACCAUUUUUCAAUGUCAAACAAGUGAAUGGAUGUGAAAGGGAAGAAUUGUGCAAGAAGUUGCUUACGAGGAAAGGUAAGUACAUGAAUAUCCUGAAUAAUAUACCAAUUUUAUCGUCUUAAAAAUAACAUAAAUAUAGAAUAAAAUAAUAUUUAAGAUCUAUAGACAGAGUAUUUGUCUUUCCCGCAAGCCACUUGGAUUUGAUAAUAUUCAUCAGGUUAUGUCGUAAACGGAAUUCUUAUCCUAUCUGCUAUUAAAAUUUACACUUCUGUAAAUAUUUUUUUUAAUAAUAUGA